AUGCCGGUGUCGUCUCCUCUACUCACAUUCAAGUUGACAUGGAAUCCAUUCCAUCAGCCAUGACGUCGAUAGGCACAGACCACUGAGAGUCUGAAGCUCCAUUUCCUCUCCAGCGUAGACUGCGGAUCGACCGACAGCAGACCAAGCAGAGCAAGAAGACUUCGCCAUGGACACACAGCUCCUACUCCUCGCCGCCCUUCUGCUCCUGCCCCUCGCCGCGCUCCUGGUCGCGAAGCCGCGCGGGACCCGCGGGGGCAAGAACGGCGCCCGCCUCCCGCCGGGCCUGCCGCUCCUCGGCAACCUGCUGCUGCUGAGGCGCUCCUCGUCCGACGUGGAGGCCCUGCUCCGGCGCCUCGUCGCGUGGCACGGGCCCGUCGUGUCCCUGCGCGUGGGCUCCACCCUCUCCAUCUUCAUCGCCGACCACCGCCUCGCGCACGCGGCCCUGGUCGGGAGCGGGGCGUCACUCGCCGACCGCCCGGCCGUCACGCGCGCUCUCCUGGGGGAGAGCGACAACACCAUCUCGCGGUCCAGCUACGGGCCCGUGUGGCGCCUCCUACGCCGCAACCUUGUCGCCGAGACGCUGCACCCGUCGCGGGUCCGGCUGUUCGCGCCCGCGCGCGCGUGGGUGCGCCACGCGCUCGCGGAGACGCUCGGGCGGGAGGCCGAGGAGGCCCAGGCGCGGGCGCGGGCGCCGCCCCCCGUGAUGGAGGCGUUCCGGCACGCCAUGUUCUGCCUCCUCGUGCUCAUGUGCUUCGGCGGGCGGCUGGACGAGCCCGCGGUGCGCGCCAUCGCGGCCGCGCAGCACGCCUGGCUCAUGUUCAUGGCCCAGAACGCGAACGUGUUCGCGUUCUGGCCGGCGCUGACCAGGAUCCUCCUCCGCGGCCGCCUCCAGAAGGGGCUUGAUGCUCGGCGGCGCCAGAAGGAGCUCUUCGUGCCACUCAUCGAGGCGCGGCGGGAGCGCAAGAAGCAGCUGGACAGCCCAGGCGGCGGCGGCGGAGCCUCGGCGGCGGCGCCAGACAAGGAGACGAUGUUCGAGCACUCGUACGUGGACACGCUGCUCGACAUCAGGCUCCCCGACGAGGGGAACCGCGCGCUCACGGACGACGAGAUGGCAAACCUCUGCUCCGAGUUCCUCACCGCCGGGACCGACACGACGUCCACGGCGCUGCAGUGGAUCAUGGCCGAGCUGGUCAAGAACCCGGCCAUCCAGGAGAAGCUCUACAGCGAGAUCAAGGCGACGUGCGGCGACGAGCAAGAGGAGGUCGGCGAGGAGGACACGCACAGGAUGCCGUACCUCAAGGCCGUCGUCCUCGAGGGGCUGCGCCGGCACCCUCCGGCGCACUUCCUGCUGGCGCACAAGGCGGCGGAGGACAUCGAGGUCGGCGGGUACCUUAUCCCCAAGGGCGCGACGGUGAACUUCACGGUGGCGGAGAUGGGCUGGGACGAGCGGGAGUGGGACAGGCCCAUGGACUUCGUGCCGGAGCGGUUCUUGCCCGGCGGCGACGGCGAGGGCGUGGACGUGACGGGCAGUAGGGAGAUCAAGAUGAUGCCAUUCGGCGUUGGGCGGCGGAUCUGCGCCGGGCUCGGCAUCGCCAUGCUUCACCUGGAGUACUUCGUGGCCAACUUGGUCAGGGAAUUCGAAUGGAAAGAGGUGCCCGGCGAGAAGGUGGACUUCACCGAGACGCGCGAGUUCACCACCGUCAUGAAGAAACCGCUCCGCGCGCGGCUGGUGCGCAGAACCACUGGGUGAAUCGGUGGAUGCAAUUCAUGUUGUACAGUCUGCCUGCAGGAUUGCCCCAGCGAUCACAGCGUCUUAAGGAAGUAGUCAAGGCAUCCUUUUGGCUCCUAGCAGCCCAGCUCCAGUUCCUCGAGUUCAACCAGCUUUCGCAGGCCACAUUGCUCCACAUCAUCUGCUCAACUACUAGCAUGGCAGAGGGGCAGAGGAUGAUCCACGGGAUAAUCCUCUUUGUUGGGUUCCACAACGAAAUAAAUACAGAACUGAAUUGCGAUCGGA